GAGAAAGAGGAAAAGAGAGGAUGUCGGACGAGGAGCAUCACUUUGAAUCUAAGGCUGAUGCUGGUGCAUCGAAGACCUAUCCGCAACAGGCUGGCACCAUCCGCAAGAACGGCUACAUCGUCAUCAAGGGCAGGCCCUGCAAGGUUGUCGAGGUCUCCACCUCAAAAACGGGCAAGCAUGGCCAUGCUAAGUGUCACUUUGUUGGAAUUGACAUAUUCAACGGAAAAAAGCUUGAAGAUAUUGUUCCAUCCUCUCACAACUGUGAUGUGCCUCAUGUCAACCGUACUGAUUAUCAGCUCAUCGACAUCUCUGAAGAUGGCUUCGUUUCUCUUCUGACUGAAAAUGGCAAUACCAAAGAUGAUCUCCGACUUCCCACUGAUGACAGUCUGCUUAGCCAGAUUAAAAGUGGGUUCGAGGAAGGAAAGGACCUCGUUGUGAGCGUCCAGUCUGCAAUGGGUGAAGAGCAGAUCUGCGCCCUUAAAGAUAUCGGCCCCAAGAACUAAACGGCACAAAACGAGCAUCGCCCUUGCAGUGUUUGUAAAACCUGUCCAAGAAUCUGUUACAGAGUGGUUUAAAAGUGUGAUGAUGUUUUUAAGGUGGUGAUGCUUUUGUUACCUUCCUGUUUAAUUGGAGUUUUUCUUGUGGUCAUGAAACUGAUACAGAAUGGUAUCUUGCCCUGGUGAACCUCUAUAUGCUGUUGAUGCAGCAAAACUUAUUUCCAUAUACAAGACUUGAGCUACAAUGUUCUGUGUCUGUUAUUUCCUUCCAACAUAAUUAUUCUUUUUUCUACA